UGCAGAUUUUGUUAGUUUCCAGUCUUGAAUUAUAAUAAGUGUUGUUAAUUGACAAAGUCUGCCAAGGAUAUUUUGCGGACUAUUACGAUUGAUUGUCCCACCUCUGUGAUCCAAUGCAUAUCUUCUGGCUAGUUAUUAUCCCGUGUGUUAUGAUAACUGCGAGCGUCGAUACGAGACCGGACACCAUACCUUCAGGCAUUCGUGAGAAUCCGUCACUAACGCCAGCUGACCGCUUUAAACGCCAGAUACCGUAUUUAUCAAAAGAAGCAUGGGCGUUGUGGAAUCAGUUGGCGACCGCAACAACGACAGAACCACCAAGACCGACGUGCCCGAUGUUUACCCCGAAGCCGGAAGGCAUGUCAUUUGACUGGACUCCAUUGUUCGGGCGGUACAAGUGUUGCGUCAAAGACGACAAAAAAUACAUGCUUUACGUGGACAAAGAAAAUGAGGUAACGUGGGGUGACCUAAUUAACCCGGGUCCCCAACAUUACAAUGACUAUCGCAAGGUUUGUCUUGACCGCUGGAUGAAAGUUUAAGCCAACGGCAGAUGAUAUGGACGGUGUUUCCGUGAUUCCCUGUUCAACGUUGUCCAAUCGACUGGAAGAGAAUGAAUCGGUUGAUAUGCUCACACUUGUACGAUUAAAAUGGUUUUUCCUUACAAGGUGGCGUCGAAAUUCCAUUUUGCGUGAUGCUCCUUAACGUAACCAAUAUACAGUAAUGUCGUUUAACCCGCUUCAAA